GGGAUCAAUCAGAGCUUAAGCCUCGGUGCCGAUGUGUUUGCGUUGGGAAUGUUGACAGCCUGGCAGACACCGGCGGGGCUCUGGUGACAAGGAAUCUCAGGCAGCAACAAACUUCGGCAGAGCGAGGAAGAGGACGGGGGAAGAAGAAGCGGAGGGAAGGGAGGGCAGAGACACUCGUAUCUCCCCCCCCUUUUUUUUUGCCUUUUGAGCGCUGCGGGGAAGGGCUUGCCGAGGGGGCGGCGGCGGCGGCGAAAGGAGAAUAAUUUUUUUAGCAGGGACGCGCCAAACCGAGACAAACGCGCGCAGCCCUCGCCACGUGCGCGCCGCGGUGAAGCGAGUGGGAGACUUAAACUCAGCCGUCGGGGGAGGAAAAAAAAAAAAGGCCGGGCCGGGCGUGAGAGGAGGGAGCAAACUCGUGGGGGGGAAAAAAGACUUAAUCGUAGAUGGGUGAACAAGCCCCCGGAGGGAUGUGGCUCGCGGGGCUGUGCUUGUGGGUCGGCGGGGCUCUGGCGUGGGCGCCCGUGCAGCCCCGCAGCCUGUAUCGCCCCUUCAACUUGAGUUCUCUAGCGGCGCUCUCGGCUCCAUUCAAGCCGGCCGCCUCCGGGACUUUGUUGCCUGAGUCGCCCGGGGCGGCGGCGACGAGCAACAAAGUGGAGAAACUCGGGCGGGCUUUCAAGCGGCAGGUGAGGCAGCUGCGGGAGAAGAGCGACCGCUUGGAGCUGGUCUUCUUGGUGGACGAGUCGUCGAGCGUGGGCCAGGCGAACUUUCUCAGCGAGCUGCGCUUCGUCAAGAAGCUGCUCUCCGACUUCCCGGUCGUGCCCACGGCCACGCGGGUGGCCAUCGUGACCUUCUCCUCCAAGAACAACGUGGUGCCACGCGUGGACUACAUCUCGCCUCCCACUCGGCCGCAGCAGCGGCAGCACAAGUGCGCCCUACUCAGCCGCGAAAUCCCGGCCAUCGGCUACCGAGGGGGCGGCACCUACACCAAGGGGGCUUUCCAGCAAGCCGCGCAAAUAUUGGUUCAUUCCCGUGUAAAUGCUACCAAAGUAAUAUUUUUGAUUACGGAUGGAUAUUCCAAUGGAGGGGAUCCUCGUCCCAUUGCAGCAUCCUUGCGUGAAUUUGGAGUAGAAAUCUUCACAUUUGGGAUAUGGCAAGGCAAUAUCAGAGAGCUGAAUGACAUGGCUUCUCAUCCAAAGGAGGAACACUGCUACUUGCUCCACAGUUUUGCAGAGUUUGAAGCUUUAGCGCGCAGAGCUCUCCAUGAAGAUCUGCCUUCUGGAAGUUACAUUCAGGAAGAUAUAGCAUAUUGCUCCUAUCUUUGUGAGGGGACUGAAAAUUGUUGUGAUACCAUGGCAAGUUGCAAGUGUGGUACUCACACAGGACACUUUGAGUGUAUCUGUGAAAAGGGAUACUAUGGCAAAGGACUACAGCAUGAAUGCACAGCCUGCCCAUCUGGAACUUACAAGCCUGAAGGAUCACCAGGUGGGAUCAGCACCUGCACCUCGUGUCCUGAUGAGAAUCACACUUCUCCACCAGGAAGUACUUCUAUGGAGGACUGUAUAUGCAAGGAAGGGUAUCGUCCUAGAGGUAAAUCGUGUGAAGUGGUCCACUGCCCUGAGCUGCACCCUCCAGAAAAUGGUUAUUUUAUCCAGAAUGUCUGCAACAAUUACUUCAAUGCUGCUUGUGGAAUUCGAUGUAAAACAGGAUUUGAUCUUGUUGGAAGUAGCAUACGACUUUGCCAGCCAAAUGGUGCCUGGUCUGGUUCAGAGACGACUUGCAGGGUUCGCACAUGCCCCAAACUCUCAACCCCUCAAAAUGGCCAUAUUAAUUGCUCAUUAAGUGAGAUCUCUUAUAAGACUGUGUGCUUAUUCACUUGCAACGAAGGCUACGAACUGGAAGGCCACACCAAACUUACCUGCCAAGGCAACUCUCAGUGGGAUGGGAAGGAACCAAAAUGUGUUGAGUUGCACUGUCCUGCCUUCCUAAAACCAAAAGGUGUUAUUGUUCACCCUUAUAUUUGUGGGCUUGAACAAUCAAAAUAUGGAACUGUGUGCAGGCUCAGUUGUCCAAAUGGAUUCCUUUUGUCUGGUGUAACAGAAGACCUGAGGUGUUUACACACUGGAAAAUGGAGUGAAAAUGUGCAGAUAGCUGUUUGUAAAGACGUUGAACCUCCACAAAUUAGCUGUCCAAAUGAUAUUGAAACAUCAACUCUGGAAAACCAGAAUUCAGCAAAUAUUAGCUGGCAGAUUCCAGAUGCAGUUGAUAAUUCUAGAGACGAGGUGUUAGUUCAGGUUACUCCAGCCUUUAUACCACCCUACCUUUUCCCAAUUGGAGAAGUUGACAUUACAUAUACAGCAACUGACAGAGCUGGCAAUGAGGCAAGCUGCUCUUUCAAGAUCAAAGUGAUUGACAUUGAAGCCCCAGUAAUUGAUGAAUGUAGAUCUCCACUACCGAUUCAGAUCACUGAGAAGGAGCACAAAGUAACGUGGGAUGAGCCACAAUUUUCAGACAAUUCAGGAUCUGCCUUAAUAAUAACUAAAACUCACUCACCUGGAGAUAUCUUUCCCAAAGGAGAAACACUGGUUCGGUAUACAGCCACUGACUUAGCUGGAAAUAACAGGACCUGUGAGAUUAACAUUGUCAUAAGAGGUUCUCCUUGUGAAAUUCCCUUUACUCCACUGAAUGGUGAUUUUAAAUGCACUGAAAAUGAGUCAGGAGUUAAUUGCACAUUAUUUUGCAUGGAGGGAUAUGAUUUCACAACAGGUUCCAAUGAAAAUUACUACUGUGCCUAUGCAGAUGGUAUCUGGAAUCCUCCUUACUCCAAUCAGUGGCCUGACUGUUCUUUGAAUCGUUUGGCAAAUCACGGUUUUAAAUCCUUUGAAAUGUUGUAUAAAGCAACACGAUGUGAUGACAAUAAUCUGCUUAAAAAUUUUGUGGAAGUUUUUCAAAGUGCACUUGGUAAAAUGGUUCCAUCAUUUUGCAAUGACGUUGAUGACAUUGACUGCAGGCUUGAGGAUCUGCCACAGAAACAUUGCUUAGAAUAUAAUUACGACUAUGAAAAUGGCUUUGCGAUUGGUCCGGGUGGCUGGGGUGCCAUAAAUCGGCUGGAUUACUCUUACGAUGAUUUUGUUGAAGUAGAUUCUGAAGAACAACAACCUAAAUUACCAUCUGAUUCGAUGGAUGUGGCAAACUCCCGGGUCAAAAGACACAAAAAAAUAAAUAUGCCCAUGUCAGACCACAAAAUAAAGUUAAUUUUUAAUAUCACUGCUACUGUACCACUGCCUGACAAACGCAAUGAUUCUCUGGAAGCAGAAAACCAACAGCGCCUUCUAAAAACACUAGAGAGGAUCACAAAUAGAUUGAAAAGAACUCUCAACAAGCAUCCCAUGUAUUCUUUUCAGUUGUCUUCUGAGUUGCUUAUAGCUGACAUCAAUUCUCUAGAAGCUGAAAAGGCUUUUCUCUUCUGCAAACCGGGCUCUGUUCUACGGGGGCGAAUGUGUGUUAACUGUCCUUUGGGUACUUACUAUUCUCUGGAACAUCAUGCAUGUGAAAGUUGCUGGAUUGGAUCAUAUCAAGAUGAGGAAGGACAGCUAGAAUGUAAAAAUUGUCCAUCUAACACCUAUACUGAAUAUCUCCAUUCCAGAAGCGUGUCAGAAUGCAAAGCUCAGUGCAAGCCGGGAACUUCUUCUCCAAACGGCCUUGAGAUCUGUGAAUCAUGUCCCUUUGGCAAAUAUCAGCCUACCACUGGAUCUAAGCACUGCAUUUCUUGUCCAGAAAAUAUGUCAACAGUCAAAAGAGGAGCUGUGGAUAUAUCAGCAUGUGGAGUUCCUUGCCCAGCUGGAGAAUUCUCACGUUCUGGUUUAAUGCCGUGCCAUCCUUGUCCCAGGGACUAUUACCAACCUGAUCCAGGAAAGUCCUAUUGCUUAUCUUGUCCAUUUUAUGGAACAACAACAAUCAUUGGAGCCAGAUCUAUAGCAGACUGCUCAAGUUUUGGCUCUACUUUUUCUGCAGCGGAGGAGAGUGUGGUGCUUCCAGUUGCUCCAGAAAAUAUCAGCAAGGACCCCAAAGUCAGCAGCCAGAUAUUCCAUGAAUGUUUCCUGCAACCAUGUCAUAACAGUGGAACCUGCAAACAGGUUGGAAGUGGUUACAUUUGCAUAUGCCCACCAGGAUAUGCAGGAUUAAAAUGUGAAAAAGAGAUUGAUGAAUGCAGGUCAUCUCCCUGUCUCAACAAAGGGAUUUGCAAGGAUGGCACUGCAGCAUUCAUUUGCCAGUGUCAGCAGGGCUACUCAGGCUUACUAUGUGAAGAAGAUGUAAAUGAAUGUAGUUCAAAUCCUUGUCUGAAUAAAGCAGUCUGUGUUGAUGAUAUUAACUCUUACCACUGCUUGUGUCCAGAAGGCUUCACAGGUACUCACUGUGAAGCAGAGGUAAAUGAAUGUCUUUCAAAUCCCUGCUUCAACAAAGCUACCUGUGAAGAUCAGGUUGCAGGUUUCCAUUGCAAGUGCUUGCCUGGAUUUAUUGGUGCUCUAUGCGAAAAAAACAUUAAUGAAUGUCUCAGUAGACCUUGUAAAAACGGAGCCACGUGCAAAGAUGGAAUCAAUGGCUAUAGGUGUCACUGUGUUACAGGAUAUACAGGGCCCCAAUGUGAAGUGAACAUCAAUGAAUGUGAAUCUAAUCCCUGUGAAAAUCAAGGAACCUGUAUGGAUGCCUUGAGCUCGUACGUUUGUAAAUGUCCUCCUGGCUUUACAGGCAACAGGUGUGAAACAGAGCAGUCUUCUGGAUUUAACUUGGAUUUCGAAGUCUCUGGAAUUUAUGGCUACGUUUUGCUUGAUGGUGUCCUCCCCUCACUCAAUGAGAUCACAUGUGCAUUUUGGAUGAAAUCCUCCGAUACCUCAAAUUAUGGGACUCCAAUUUCUUAUGCAGUGGAAAAUGGAAGUGACAAUGCAUUCUUGAUUACAGAUUACAAUGGAUGGGUUCUGUAUGUUAAUGGGAAGGAAAGCAUUACAGAUUGCCCUUCUGUGAAUGAUGGCAAUUGGCAUCAUAUUGCUGUGACUUGGGCAAGUGGAGAUGGAGCCUGGGGAGUGUACAUCGAUGGAAAAUUGUCUGAUGGAGGCAAUGGCUUAUCUGUGGGAACAGAAAUCCCUGGUGGAGGUGCAUUAGUACUCGGACAGGAGCAAGAUCAAAGAGGAGAAGGCUUUAAUCCAGCUGAAUCUUUUGUUGGCUCAAUUAGCCAGCUAAACAUUUGGGGCUAUGCUCUGCCUCCUGAACAGGUGAAGUCUUUGGCUACAUCAUGUCCAGAGGAUCUCCAGAAAGGCAACGUAUUAGCUUGGCCAGAUUUUCUUCCUGGGGUUGUUGGAAGAGUGAAGAUAGAUCCCAGGAGCAUAUUCUGUGCUGAUUGUCAACCUUUAGAAGGAUCCAUUCCCCACCUGAAAACUUCAUCCGCUACUUUAAAGCCAGGAUCAAAAAUCUCUCUCUACUGUGAUCCAGGUUUCCACAUAGUGGGAAAUUCUGUCCUGCAUUGUCUAAAUUUAGGACAGUGGGCACAACCUCUUCCACAUUGUGAAAGAAUCAGUUGUGGAGAACCUCCACCUUUAGAACAUGGAUUUUACUCGGCUGAGGAUUUCUUUGCUGGAAGUUCUGUAACCUACCAGUGCAACAGUGGUUAUUACUUGUUGGGAGACUCAAGGAUGCUAUGUACAGACAAUGGAAGCUGGAAUAUUAUUUCACCAUCUUGCCUUGAUGUUGAUGAAUGUGCAGUUGGUUCAGACUGUGACUCCCAUGCUUCUUGCCUUAACACAAAUGGAUCCUACAUAUGUACCUGCAUUCACCCAUAUACAGGAGACGGCAAGAAAUGUGCAGAACCCGUAAAAUGCAAACACCCGGGAGAUCCUGAACAUGGUCGCUCGCAUGGUGUCAGCUACACUGUUGGUAGCGAAAUCAGGUUUUCAUGUGAAAAGGGCUACCAGCUAAAAGGAAUGAGUCAAGUUACAUGUUUGGAAUCUGGGGAAUGGAGCCAUCUGAUACCAUUCUGCGAAGCUAUUUCCUGUGGUAUUCCACCCCACCCUAAAAACAGUGCAAUCGAUGGUUCCAGAUUUACAUUUGGUAGUAAAGUAAUGUUCAGAUGUGAAGAAGGAUAUGUUUUAGUGGGUAAAGCAGAAGCAACAUGUCUAGCGAAUGGCAGAUGGAACCAUUCUUCCCCGUUUUGUGAAUUAGUACAAUGUUCCCUCCCAAAAGAAAUAAAGAAUGGAAAAUAUAUCACGAACGGUGUGAUGUACCUUUCUAAUGUAUCUUACACGUGUGACGUGGGGUACAGUCUACAAGGACCGUCUGUACUUGUAUGUGAAGCUUUAGGUAACUGGAGCAGCUCACCUCCAGAUUGUGAAAUCAUUUCUUGUGGCCUUCCUCCAGUAAUUAAAGAUGCUGCUGUUACUGGAAACAACUUUACCUUCGGGAAUACUGUCACUUAUACGUGUAAGGAAGGCUACACAUUACUCGGCCCUGACACUGUGUCAUGUUUGUCCAAUGGCAAGUGGAACCUCAGUCAACAACAGUGUGUGGCAGUAUCCUGUGAUGAGCCACCUCCCGUGGAACAUGCUUCUCCAGAGAGUGGUCAUCGAUUAUUUGGUGAUAUAGCAAUCUACUAUUGUUCUGAUGGGUACAGUCUGGCUGGCAAUUCCCAGUUACUUUGUAAUGCCCAGGGCAAAUGGAUGCCCCCUGCAGACCAAGAUAUUCCUGAAUGCAUAGCUGACUUCUGCGAGAGACCAGAGUCUGUAUCAUACAGCAUCUUGGAAUCUUCAAACAAGGCCAGAUUUUCAGCUGGGUCAGUUGUGAGCUUCAAAUGUACGGAAGGUUUCGUUUUAAACACUUCCGCUAAAAUAGAAUGUGUCCGAGGUGGUCAGUGGAACCCGUCUCCCUUGGCGAUCCAGUGCAUCCCCGUUCGUUGUGGAGAACCAGCAAGCAUUGCAAAUGGGUAUUCAAUUGGCACCAAUUACAGUUUUGGUGCCAUUGUGGCUUAUAGCUGUAUUAGAGGCUACUAUAUUAAAGGAGAGAAGAAGAGAACGUGUGAAGCAACAGGAACUUGGAGUGGUAGUAUGCCAACUUGUCAUCCAGUGUCCUGUGGUGAGCCACUAAAACUUGCAAAUGGAAUGAUUAAGAAUAUGACAGGACGUUCCUUUGGAAGUGAAGUGACAUACCAAUGUAAUGAAGGUUACCAGUUGAUUGGAAGUUCAAGGUUAUUUUGCCAGUCAAAUCGUCAAUGGUACAGUGAAGCACAACCUUCUUGUGUGAUCCUCAAUUGUGGAGAACCACCUACCUUCCAGCAUGGAUUCAGCAAGGGAAAAAAAUUUGAAGUGGGAGCCAAAGUCAGUUUUUUCUGUGUUGAAGGCUAUGAAUUAAUUGGAGAUGUUUCAUGGACCUGUCAGAAAUCAGGAAUGUGGAGUAAAAAACAAAGCCCUCAAUGCAUCCCAACUAAGUGUCCAGAGCCACCAUUAACUGAGAAUCAACUUGUCUUGAAGGAGAUGGCUGAUCAAGUAGGGAUAGUACAGUUGUCAUGCAGAGAAGGACUUAUUUUGUAUGGUGCUUCCAUCCUGAGAUGUUUGUCAUCCCAACAGUGGAAUGACUCUUUUCCUGUCUGCAAAAUGGUACUCUGUCGUAGACCUCCUUAUAUUCCUUUUGGGGACGCUGUGGUGUCUUCUCUGCAUUUUGGUAGCACAGUGAGCUACACAUGUAUGGAUGGAUUUUUGCUCAAGGGAACAUCUACUAUUAUUUGCCAGGCAGAUGGUACAUGGAGUUCUCCACUUCCAGAAUGCAUUCCUGUGGAAUGCCCGCAGCCAGAGGAAAUUCAGAACGGUAUUGUAGAUGUGCAAGGCCUCACCUAUCUCAGCACGGCACUGUAUAGUUGUAAACCAGGUUUUGAAUUAAUGGGAAACACAACGAUUCUUUGUGGAGAAGAUGGACAUUGGCUUGGAGGAGAGCCUUCUUGCAAGCCCAUUGAAUGCUCCAAACCCAGGGAGAUUAAGAAUGGUCGGUAUUCAUAUGUUGAUCUACACUACACACACACAGUUACCUAUUCAUGUGACAGAGGAUUCCGGCUUGAGGGACAGAGAGUCCUAACCUGCCUGGAAACAAGGGAGUGGGAUACAAAGGCUCCAUCUUGUAGAGCAAUUAAUUGUGAUCCUCCUCAGCCUAUUGAGAAUGGGUUUGUAGAAGGUGCAGAUUACAGCUAUGGUGCCAUGGUUAUAUACAGCUGUAUUCCAGGAUUCCAGCUUUCUGGUCUUGCUAUGCAGAUCUGUGAGGAAUCAGGAUGGUCUAGUGUUAGUCCAGUUUGUCUACCAACAGAUUGUGGCCUUCCUCCCCAUAUAGACUUUGGGGGAUAUAUAACAAUCAGCAGUGAAGAAAAGCAUUUUGGCCAAGAAGAUGUAUUUGAAGAGAGCUUCCUUAAGGCUAGCCAAUCACAUUUAUCUCCAAAAGAAACACAACAUUCCUCAAAAGCCAUUAAUAGUUUGCCACUAUCGAGCUAUUUAUAUGGGACUACAGUGUUGUAUAGUUGCUAUUCGGGCUAUGAACUCUUAGGAAAUUCCGUGCUAGCUUGCCAAGAAGAUGGAAUGUGGAAUGGUAGUGCUCCUGCUUGCAUUUCCAUUCAAUGUGAAUUACCACUGUUCCCAGAAAAUGGCUUUGUACAUUUUACAGAGAACACUGUUGGUAGUACAGUGAAAUAUACCUGUAACCCAGGGUACAAGCUGAUUGGAUCAGAUACAAGACACUGUAUGUCUGGUAGGCAGUGGAGUGAUUCAGCACCAACGUGCAAGAUAAUAUCAUGUGCAGUGCCUAGCAGACCCAUGAAUGGCAUAGUAAAAGGAGAAUCUUACACCUAUGGUAGUGUGGUCCAAUAUGAUUGUGAUCAUGGGUUUCAGCUAAAUGGUUUGCGUAAGAGAACCUGCCAGUCUGAUCAAAAAUGGGAUGGAAAUGAGCCACUAUGCCUUCCCAUUUCCUGUGGACAAGCUCCCUAUUUAGAGAACGGUGAAGUGAGCGGAGAAGAAUACACUUUCCAAAACCAUAUUGAGUACAGCUGCAAAGAAGGUUUCCUGUUGGAAGGGGAUCGGAAGAGAAUUUGUCUUGCAGAUGGAUACUGGAGCGGGAACACUCCAGUGUGUAGGCCAGUCCGGUGUUCUGAACCAGUGAAACUUGUUCAUGGCCAGAUAAUUGGAUCAGAAUUCGGUGUUGGAAAGAGAAUUAAGUUUUUCUGUGAUGAAGGGUAUAUAUUGCGUGGCACACACUCUCGUACCUGCCAAGCUAAUGGAACAUGGGAUAAAGAACCUCCAUUCUGUGAACCUGUCAACUGUGGGCCUCCUGAGGACAUCUCUCAUGGUUUCCUGAAUGGUUCUGUCUUUAGUUUUGGGGAAUACGUAGAGUAUGUUUGCUUCCCUGGUUAUGAGUUGCAAGGUAAUCCAGUGAGGCAAUGUCAGUCAAAUAGUUUAUGGAGUGGAAGACCCCCUUCUUGCCUGCUUUGUGAGUGUCCUAUACCCACCAUUCAGAAUGGGAUAGUUAUAGGUAACCAUUUUGGCUGUGGCAAGAAGAUAGAAUUUCAAUGUCUAGAAGGUUUCGAACUGCUAGGACCUUCAGAAAUCACAUGUGAAGCUAUUGGCAGAUGGAGUUCUGGCUUUCCACAUUGUGGGCUGAUUUCCUGUGGCCCUCCACCUGUGAUUCCCUAUGCAUUUAUCAACGGAGGCAGUUCAGUGGAUCAAAACACCAUAAUUUAUAAUUGUGAGAUGGGUUAUGUGAUGCAAGGAAGCUCGGAAUUGACUUGUACAGAAAAAGGGGUCUGGAGUAGGCCAUACCCAAAUUGCACAUUACCGACCUGUGGACCAGCACCUACUGUUCCUCAUGCAGUUGCUUUUGGAGAAUCUCAAGACUAUGGAAGUAAAGUUCAAUACAGAUGUCUGGAGGGUUAUACGAUAGAGACAGAAGUGGAUAUAUGCACCUGUCAGGAAGAUGGGCACUGGUUCCCUAACACUAUUUCCUGUUGUCCCAGAAAAUGUCCAAUGCCACUAAAUAUAACCAAUGUUAUUAUUUCUGGUACUGAAUUUACUGUGAAUAAAAGCAUCACCUUAUCGUGUCCAGAAGGCUAUCUUUUGAUGGGUACCAGCACCUCCACUUGCCAGCAUAAUGGGACCUGGGUACCAUUAUUUUCUAAUGAGAUAUGCACUCCAGUCUCCUGUGGAAAACCUGAAGCUCCUGAAUAUGGAGUUGUGAUUGGCAACCAAUACAAUUACAAAGAUACUGUCCUUUAUAAAUGCAAUUUGGGUUAUGAAUUAGAGGGUGAUGCAGAACGCAUCUGUCAAGGAGAUAAAUUAUGGAGUGGAGUAACACCAGUAUGUAAAAAAACCAGAUGUGAAGAUCCAGAAUUGAUUGAGAAUGGAAACGUCGUCUCUGAAAAUAAUACAGUUGGCAGCAGAACUGCAUAUUACUGCAAUAGGGGUUAUAGUUUGGAAGGCGAACCAAUUGCAGAAUGCACAGAAGCCGGAACAUGGAGCCACCCAACACCUUCAUGCAAACCAAAUCCGUGCCCCGUACCUAUUAUAAUCCCAGAAAAUGCCAUCCUCUCAGAAACAACAUUUUACGUUGGGCAAGAGGUAUUUAUCAAAUGCAGAGAAGGCUAUCAGCUUCAGGGACAAUCUGUGAUUAGCUGUAAUCCCGAUGAGGUCUGGACUCCAACCAGAGCUAAAUGUGAGAGGAUCUCUUGUGGGCCACCUGCUCAUGUAGAACAUGCUUUGGUACGUGGAACAUUUUAUCAAUAUGGAGAUAUGGUGACCUACUCAUGCUACAGUGGAUACAUGCUAGAGGGCUCCCUUCGAAGUGUCUGCUUAGAGAAUGGAACCUGGGCGGGAACACCAGCUUGCAAAGCUGUUUGCCGGUUCCCGUGUCAGAAUGGUGGUGUUUGUGAGAGGCCAAAUGUUUGUUCUUGUCUUGAAGGUUGGAUGGGACGCCUCUGUGAAGAGCCCAUCUGCAUCCUGCAUUGUCUGAAUGGAGGUCGAUGCGUGGCCCCUUACCAAUGUGAUUGCCCAUCUGGAUGGACUGGCUCACGCUGCCAUCAGGCUGUUUGUCACUCUCCAUGCUUAAAUGGCGGGAAAUGUAUACGACCAAACCGAUGCCAUUGUACUUCACCAUGGACUGGACAUGACUGCUCUAGGAAACGGAAAUCUGGAUUCCACCACUUUUAAUUUAAGAGCAAAAACUAUGAAGACUCUGAUUCCAAUCCAGUGGAUUUUGGUACUGCAGUCACUGUAAAAUCAAAUAUAGUGGAUUUUUAGAAAACUGUUUUGAAUUUAUUAUUAUUAUUAUAUUUUUCUUAAACAUUUAAUUUUGAAUGGAAGCAUCUGUAUGGGUUUUUUUUUUCUCUUGCAGAAAGAUACAUGCUAAAAAUGUUGCUGCUGUCAAACACACAAAUGUACAAAUUUUAUUCGCUGAAAGAGAAAACCUUACAGUCUUUCAUAUUAUGGGGGCAAAACUCUUAUGUCUAAGUUGUAUUCCAUGGCCAAAAAAGAUGCUUGCAUUGGGGAUGAAACUUAAUUAAACUCAUAUUUCCUUUCCCCCUCACACCUCAUUUAAGUAAUGUAACAUAACUGAAAAUGUAAGUGAAUGCAUUAGACUCAAAAACUAUGAUCUCUCGGUCUUAAAUUGAACCUUCUUAUACUUGGUCUCUUCUCUGUUAUUGGAUCCACUAUUGAAAGCAAUUCAGAAAUAGAGAGAGGAAAGAUAAGACAUGGAAAAGGGGAAAAUUUAGUCUCUCCAUCAUGAUCUUUUUAUAUGCUAAUAUACCCGAUAUCCUUUAUAAGUAAAUGAGAUGAAUAAUAAAUGAUUGCCCUGUUGGAUCUGAUUUUGGUCUAAGAUACCUCCUGCAAACCAUUUGUCUAUUUCAAUAUAGUAGUUGCAAGAUGGACAAUAUUUAGUUACUGUUGUUUGAUGGAACAAAUUUGAAUCUAGAGCUUCAAGCAUUCCAAAUUGUUUGAAGUUGGUAAAUAAGAAUAUUCUAUUUUCAAAAUAAAUAUGAAUAUAUGAAGGCCACCAACCCCACCACUCAUGCUAAAAAAAUACUUCAGGUAUUUUUCCAUGGCUUGGAAGACUGUUGCUUAACUCCCAAUAUGGAAUUCUUUCAGAUUUGAUAAGAAUACUAAUAAACCAGAGACCCAAUCCAUGUUUUCUUCUAUGUAGGCCAGUGAGUGGGCUAUCUGUGAAGGAAAAAGAAUGGGGAAGGGAGGAGAUACGUCAGUAGAGACUCAGCCGCCUACAAAAAUGUGUUGCUGGCCACUAAAAUCAAGCCUGUUUACUGGGAAAGUACUUGUUGUUUUAUCACGGAUAAAUAUUUAAAAUAUAAUGGAUUUGCUGAAUGAUUAGCAGUUAGUUCAAAAUAAGUAAAACGGUAGUUGUCUUUCCCAUGAAAAAAAAAGUGAAAAUCAGAUUUCGUGUUUUUGAUAUUAUUUGCCAGAAUGCAACACUUGUCAAAACAGGACAAAUAGCUUCCAAUUUCCUGUGGUUAAAUACUGCAAUAAUUAUAUCCAGAGACAUCCACCAGAAUAAUUUAUUUGCUACUAAGAUGAAAAGUGGGAAGGACAACUAAUGUGUUUGGCCCUUACUGCAUUACUUUCCUGUAAGACAGUACAUGCAUAUUACAAUGGAUGCAUCUAUAAUAGCUCUUUAUUCACAAAUGGAACCUUAUAUUUUCAAAGCAAUUCUCUUUAUCUUUCCCUGCUCUAUUAUAGCAAUUUUAUUUUGGGCUUCAGAUCAGAUUGAAAGUUACUCUUUCCGUAAGCGAAAAAACUAAAGGAUGGACAUAACAUUAAAUGUGUAUAUGGGAAUAACAUGACUAAUUUUCUGUGGAGGAAAGUUUCCUGAGAGGUUUCAUAAUGACAUAAUAGUGUCUGAAAUAAUAGGUUUGAAAAGAGAAUGCCUUUUUCCUCAUUUUUUCCCCUCUCCUUGUAUUGCAUUAUUUGCUAUAUUGCACUUGCUGGUUUCUUUUUAUUUAACAUAGAGGUCUCUUGCUGAUAGAGACAAGACACUCCGAAUUAGCAAUCUACCUCCAAGGGUUGUGCCAACAUAACACUUUUCUUCACAGCAGCGUGGAGGUGGUGUGCAAUUGCCUUCUGGGAUUUUGUUAGAGAGACUUGAAAUUUUUAAAUGUUCUCCCAUCCAAAUACUAGCCAUGCCCAACCCUGCUUGGCUUAAGAAACGAGUGUAUCGACUAGGUGCUACAGAACACAAUGCAAAAAUAAAUACUAUGAACAUACUAAAGCAAAGCAUACAUAGCCUCCAGUGAAAGACGUAUGUGGGGCUUUGUUGGACUAGAGGACCUCCAAAGUCCCUUCCAACUCUUACUGUUACUGAAUGAUAUGGAUAGAAACAGCAGUUUCCACAUAUUGAGUUUUUGGAGCCACAAUCCAUGCUUAAAUAGUUCAGAUUGCACACUUUUCUAUUGUUUCGCAAAUACUACAAACUGAAACAUCUGCAGAUCUUUACAGAUGAAGAAAAACAUGUGAUUAGUUCAUAUCUGUAAUAUACUACAUAUAUUUAUAAAUACUAUGCCACACCCUAUUAUAAUUUGUUCUGUGGACAGGGGCUAGCCCAGUGUGUAGAUUCAACACUGUAAUUCCACUUCCAGUUUAUUGAGGAAGCUGCAUUACAGUAUAGAAGUGAGUAAUUGUAGCUUGUAUGGUCACACUAUUUAUCCACAUCUUUCCCUUCAUGGGCAUGCUUGCAUAUGUUUAUAAUUUUACACUCAAGUUCUUGCAGAGGAUUUUUAGUCAUUUAGAAGGAAUAAGCAGACCUAAUUUUUUUUUUCCUAAGCAUUUUCCAAAUUAAAAGGAAAAUUGAAAUAUAUGUUCAGUUUUAACCAGGAAGCAAAACCUCUGAGAGACAGAAAUUUGCUUGUUAGCGCAACAGCAGUUAGUAAAUAAACCCAUCCAUAUCUUCUCUAAUAAGAAAUUGGAUUGUUUUUUUCCACUCAUUAUAAGAGCAUCUAUUACUAAAACUGAAAUACAUCUUAUUCAAGCUCUUCCAGAAAAUAUAGCAAUAACAUUUUCGGUGGCUGGCUUUCCUUCCUAAUGAUCUUUAAGAGGCUUCCAAUUCUACAUUACUUUUUAAUAUCUGCAGUCCAUUCUAAGAAAUCCAUUUCAUCAGGCCUACACCUGGGGCGGGGGGCGGGGAGCAGAUCCUGAGUUAAGUAUGUAUAAGAUUUCAGCUAUAAGACCAUCUAAAUAAAACGGGAAAAGAACUCUAAAAUAAAUUAACCGUCCUUGUGGUACCUUUUUCUCUGCAAGAUUCCUUCUUUUCCUAUUUAUUCACACACACUGUAUAUGAAUGACUGUACUUUGAGCCAAAAUAUUUGUUUGGCAAAUGAGAUAGAGGAUAACAUACAAAAAUGAAACAAUAUUACCUAUUUUAAGUACUAGCAGUUCAUACAUUUUCCCAUUUAUUUGGAUUAAUAUAGAAGGUGCAAAAUCUGACCUAAAAAGUAUGCACAAGACGUAGGUCUGCUGGCAGGAAGUGUGAUGCCUGAAAGGAAAAAGCCGGAGAGUCAAAAUUAGGUUGUUGUUCUUAUUAUUACAUCUGUAGAAGAAGAAUCAUUGCUUUUUUUAAACUACGGUUUAAACCCAUAAAAUACAUUGUAAUUUAUGUUACCACCUGUCUUGUGUUUCAACAAUUUCUAUGUGAUGCACUUUACAUUGUAAAUAAAGUUGCACCCCAUUUAGUA